AUGUGAUCAAGGGAGCGAUGCCUCUGCUGGUUGAAUAACUCACCGAGACUUAUGAAUGAGAACACAUCACACACGGCGGGGACAGGGAGAGGGAGAGCACGUGAUUGCAUUUGGAGGUUCUUCUCCCCGUCUAACUGUCCGAGCAUAAUGGUGGCAUUUAAAGGCGUCUGGACCAAGGACUUCUGGAGGGCUGUGUCUGGAGAAUACCUGGCCACUCUGAUCUUUGUCCUUCUCGGUCUGGGCUCCACCAUCGACUGGAGUGCGGGCGAGGAGACGCCUCGCCCGGCUGACCUCGUCCUUAUCUCCCUGUGCUUUGGGCUGAGCAUCGCCACCAUGGUGCAGUGUUUUGGUCAUAUCAGCGGUGGACACAUUAACCCCGCGGUCACCGCAGCUAUGGUUGUGACUAGAAAGCUGAGCCUGGCUAAGGCCGUGUUCUAUGUGGUGGCUCAGUGCAUGGGAGCUAUAACAGGAGCCAUGAUCCUCUACAUCAUCACACCUGCCGCUGUCAGAGGGUCCUUCGGUGUCACCACGGUGAACUCCAACAUCUCUCUGGGGUACGGGCUGCUCGUGGAGAUCCUCAUCACCUUCGAACUGGUCUUCACCAUCUUCGCCACCAGUGAUCCCAAACGCACGGACCUCGGAGGCUCUGCCAGCCUCUCAAUCGGCUUUGCUGUAGCUAUCGGCCACUUAUUUGCAAUCCCUUACACAGGAGCCAGCAUGAACCCUGCGCGAUCCUUUGGGCCUGCUGUGGUCACACUUAACUUCGAGAACCACUGGGUGUACUGGGUGGGACCCAUGCUGGGGGCCAUCCUCGCUGCUGCCCUGUAUGAGUACCUGUACUGCCCUGACCCUGAGAUGAAGAAGCGGCUGCAGCAGGUCUUCCAGAAGGACCCGUCGGGGAAAUACCGGGAGGUGGAGACAGAGGACAUUGACAUCAAGCCGGGAUUCAUCCACAGCAUCGAUCUGGAGAGGGCCGAGAAAAAGGGUCCUUUCAAGGACUCGGCGGGAGAAGUGCUGUCUUCAGUAUGACUAUCACGUGCACUGGAAAUUGAGACCAAUCUGUAGAGCAGAAUGACAAUCCGACUUCGGAGCGUCCAUCUCGAGCUUGCCCCCGCCCCCAAAGCAGAAUAGGAUUUAUGUCCAUGAGGCAUCGCGGCAGAUUUACUCACGUUGUCAUGAAGAUAAUAUGAUGUUACGGCUCAAUCGCAAUAACCUGUUCAAUACUCGCCCCGGGGCCCCUCCCUCCCCGCAGCAGUGUUGUUGGGGACGCACACUGCAGAGCGACUGCACAUCGCGUGAGGGGAAUAUGUGCGGGGUCAAGAAAUGAUGUGGGGAGCAUCACGCUGAAUUGGAGAAAUGAAGAAGAAAAAAAGCAGGCUUGUUAUUUUUGGAUCACUGUCGCUGCGUGUACAAUGACAGGAGGGAAUGUCCUCGUCGUCAUGAAGCACAUUAAGGUCCCAAGCAAAGUGAGUUCAGCUCUGACAAGCGUUAUCACCAGAGUUGUGUCACACUCUCAAUUUUCAGUGCAUUGGUCAGGGAACCAGUUCAUGGACACGGAGACAUGGUCUCUGUGGAAGUCUCUCCACUAUUUUGUUGUUUGUUGAUAGCACAAAAACAUUUUAUUUUUUCUAAGUAGUAAACAUUGUAAUAUUUCGGUUUUUAUUUUAUACAUCUAGAUUUAGAUCAUGUAACACGUACGUGUCAAACUCAUCUUCACCGUGGGCCAGAUCGGCAUCAUGGCCGCCCUCUUAAAGGGCCGGUGUAACUGAAGACAUAAAAGUAUAAACUACCCGAACAUAUUGUUAAAUAACUCCCUUUGCAUUUUAGUAUUGUUUAUUUGAGGGUAGAAAUAUUGUACAUAAGAAAAUGUAUCUAAUAUUAUAACAUGAAUCCAUGUAAUGUACCUUUCAAAAUAAAAGCACAGGAAAUAUAUAUAUAUUUUUUAAUUUCUUUAAGAAAAGGUGAUCAUGUGUCUGUCAAGCCGUCAGGGGACACAUGAAAUGAAGUGGUGGGCCUGAUCCGGCCCGCGGGCCUUGUAUUUGACACCUGUGAUGUAACACAUUAUGUAUAUCUUUGUAUGAUUUGCUGUAUUUUUAAGUGUUGUUGUUUAAGUCUUGAUUUUAGCAUUUUUGCUCGUAUUAUGCUCACGAAAUGCAAACACUAAGAUAAUGUAAACGCUAUUAACUUGUGAUAAUAAUAAAGUUUGUCUAAGUCAUUA